AUGAGCGACUUAUUCCGGGACCGACAGCGGACACUUUUCUCCCGAGAACCAAGUGACAGCGACGCGACUCCGAUGAAUAGCGCAAACCUAAUUCAGGGAGCGACCUUGGUAGGCGCGAUGCUGGCGUACCCGUCGCGCUUAUACUCCUCACUUCAACCGUCGGGCUCGUCAUCAACGUCAAUCUUAUAUGGUACUAUUGCAUACAACGCGGGAUUGGGGUUGAUCCACAUACUUUUCGUUUUUGCGAUCAUUGGACAAUAUCGCCUAUUCCUUAAACGGAUGUGGGCAUUGUCGAGGAAGAGGUAUCCCACUGUUCUCGCCGUAGGUUCCUCUUCUGUCUUUGGUGUAAAGGUUGACGACGGGGAUAUUCAAAUAGUUCGUCCCGUUUAUGCUUGGCUGGGUGUUUACGAUCGGGAAUGUUCCGUCACUGGUGUUAUCCUAAACUGCAACUCAACCAGACGGCUUCAUCGCCGGAACGAUGUGCACGCUCCUCUACCAACAAACGUCAGACAUGCCAACCGAGAUCAAGAACAGACCGAAUUUCGUGAGGAUUGUGAAUUCGUUGGUGGUUUGGACGCUUUCUACUGGAUUGGUUAUGUGGUGUGGUUUCAGCUGUUGCGUUUGUGCUUACGUUAUCGCGUGAACAACUCCACUUCAGUAUAUCCUACUCCCGGACACAUUCAUCGCGCUGGCUAUCUAUCUCGUCCGGGGGAACAUAUAUGCCAAUGCCGUUCUUGCACUAUUACAUCCGCGAUUGGCGCCAAUGUCGUUGCCAGUGGUACCUUCAUCUGCCUGGAGGAGACGCAUUUGCUGGCUCGGACCAACCAUGUCUAUUGUGAUAGAAGUGGGUUUCAUCGCGCACUGCACCUCAUGAAGUUCUUGGCGGCAGAUAGUACAGGCAAACCUCGGACGGCCGCAGUUCUUCGGCGUUUUGGCCGCACAACAAGGAAGUAUUUAGAUAUGGUCAGGCGAGACUUGGCAGAGUCGAAUGCUACUCGAGGCUCAAGCCUCAAGGCGUCGAUUCAAACGAGAUUUAUCAUGUGCGCACGAAGCACUGUGUCAACGCUCAGAUACUCAACACUUGUGGGCGGAUUUAAAGCUGCUCAACGCGUCGAUCCAAACCGUGACGAUGUCAAGUUAUCCACGAACGGCAGUGCAAACUUAAAGCUGCUCCUCCUCAAGGCAGCUCAAGGCGUCGAUUCAAACGAUAUUUAUCAUGUGCGUUACACCACUCUCGACGCCUGGGUUUCUUGCGAUGCGGCUGGCCGUGGCUUAGUUUACGGUCAACCACCUGAAGUGCGAACCACUGCAUCAAUUCUCAAAUACUUGACACUAGGCGGAUUUGAAGCUGCUCUAGGCUUCGAUUCAGACGAGAUUAUCAUGUGCGUUGUUCAAAGUGUCGAUCCAAACGAUAUCAAGUUGUGUGCGCUGCUCAAGGCGUCGAUCCAAACGAUAUCAGGUUAUGUGCGCCGCUUGGCAGAAUUUCAGAUAGUACCAACCAGUGAAACAAAUAUUCGCAGUAAGGUGCCAUCGCGAAUGGUCCAAAUGUGGUCCUAG